GUGAGUACCCGGCCUUCUCAAGAUGGUCGAGCCGAGCCGACCCUGCCGCAGGCCGAGAAUGUGGAGAAGGCCCAGUCCAAGUCGGAGGACACACCUUCAUUGCGAAAUACGGCCUCACGGACUACUGCUGCACCAUCCGCAACACGGUGCAGGAGGAGAAGCUGAAGGACCAGUUUGAGAACGGGGACAAGGAGACGAUCGAGGAGGCGGUGCAGAACACCCUUUGCUGGCUUGGCGCGGCCAGGGUGACGGACGCGAUGAGCUACAAGGGCAAGCGCAAGGAGCUGGAGGACAUCGUCAACCCGUUGCUUCUCAAGGUCUUCGGGCACGGGUUCCGCGAGGACCACUUCGAGGCGAAGCGUUGCCUUGCGAACUACUGCUACACGGUCCGCAACGUCCUGCAGGAGGAGAAGAUGCAGGACAAGUUUGAGGACAGCGUCAAGUGCAGCGUGGAGGAUGCGGUGCAGAAAGCCUUGGAUUGGUUGGACAGAGCUAGCAUCGUCAACCCCUUGCUGCUGGACGCCUUCGGUUCUGAACGUAGCGAGGCCGAUCUUCUGGCGAAGUACGGCCUUGCGAACUACUGCUUCACCAUGUGCAACACCUCGCAGGCGGAGCAGCAGCAGAACAGGAAUGACACGGUCGCGUGGCUCGAAUCCGAGCUGGCGGCCGAGAGGAAAGGCUCGACGCAGCUCAACGCCACGGUCGGGAUGCUCGAGUCUCAGCUGGUGACUGCGCGCGCUGGCAUCGCGCAGCUAAGCCAGCAGGUCAUGGACCAGACGACCCGCAGGGAGGAGGCCGAGAGGGCUCUCCUCUUUCUCGGGAAUGCGUCGGGGCUGGUGGCACGGGAUUAUCUGAGUGCCGCAG